AUUAUUCUGUAGGUACAAUAUAAUUUCGGACAACUGCAUGGGAUUUAAUAAAAAAAAAUGUAUGAAAUUUGUCUCUUAACUAGACAAAUAGCCCAAAUUGCGAAAAGGAAGCAAUCGCUGAUGUAUUAAAAUCCAUCAUCAUUAGCCAUUCCUGAAUAUCCUGGUCUCCUAAAAAUUCGCAUACUCCUGUUUCAUUCCACGUACCCGCCGCUGACCACUCCUCGUCGCCUUGCUGCCGGGGAUGAGAUGACGUUGAAGAGGCGCUUGACGUGCUCUGCUCCGGCGGCGUGUUUGGAGAGGUGUAAUCGGAGAAGGAGAAAUUGAGCUUCGCUCUCGGACCUCUGAAUUCAACGGCGGCUCUGUCGUAGGCUCGGGCGGCGUCUUCCGCGGUUCGGAACGUCCCGAGCCAAACCCUCGCCGCCUUCCGAGGGUCCCGAAUCUCCGCCGCCCACUUUCCCCACGGCCUCUGCCUCACUCCUCUGUAACUCUUCUUAUUAUUCGUUGAUUUCGUUCCCGCCUUUUUCUUCCUCUUUUCACCUUCGCUGAACUCCGGCGGAACAACGGCAGGACAAGACACCAUUGGCGGCGCCGGCGGUGCGCUUCCAUCUAUGACACACUUGAGGGCGGAGACCAUGACGGAAUCCUCCUUAUCGCUGGUAAGACUCGCUGGCGGCGCGGGGGCUGUGAAAAAUCCCUGGGUUUGUUUGAGCCUGUCGGUCAACCUUUGCAUGAUCGAAGCACUGUUUUUGGCCGGUCUUAAGCGGAGAAGGGAGUGAUAUAGGAUAGUGUGUAUAUAAGAGCAUCUUUAAUGGGAGAAUGUCUAGUCUAAAAAAAGUGUGCCAAUUGUCAAAUAAAUAAAAGGCCUUCUAAUCCACAUAAUAUAAUGUGUAGUGACCGGAUAUUGAUAAAAUAAAAAACCUUCCAAUGCUGUAAAGUCUAACGACUCAAAGAGUGUCCAGGUGGAAUAACGAUUCCUGCGAUUUUAUGGAAACUAACUUCGCAGCUCUUUUUUUUUCAAAUUAAACUUCGGGAUGAUACCCGUUCAACCUUGACUAGGAUUACCGGAUUACAUAGCUUCUAUUUUUCUGUAAUAUAUAAUCUCUAACUUAUAAUUGCUCUAAUUCCUUAUAACAUUCAAGAGCAGCAAAAUAGGUGAUUUGAUUCUUCUAUUUAGUUUCUUUCUUGCGGCAAUUGAAAAUCAAAGUUUGGUUGAAUUUGACACCAAUAUCGAUAAUAUAUUUGUAUUCCGAUUGCAUAUAUAUAAUUCAAAUCAGAGUAUUCGAAUGCAAUGGGAACGUGUGGUUGUUUUGUUUGUUUAUGUGGUGAUUCCCAACACUAGCAGCAGCUCCCAUAUCUUGUGUGCUCAAGCUUUCUUUGAAUUUGAUUUCUUUGUGUAUAUAUUGCAUCAUUUGAAUAAAAAAUAUCUAAGUGUGUGUAUACAAUAUAUAUACUACGUAUAUGAAUAAAGUCUCUCUGUAUAUUAUAUCAUAUAAUAAGGAGUUUUUGUUUUAUUUGUGUGUGUAAUUCGAACUUCAAAGUGUGCAUCAUUUUAUAAAUAUAUAUGUAUAUAUAGAGUACAUACUGCAUGAGGAGAUCAAUUCUCUCUAUAUAUGUGUGUCUGAAUAAAGUCAAUAUAUGUAUGUGUUAUCUUCUCUAUAUAUCCAUGUGUGUGUUAUCUGUAUUUGUAUUUAUAUCUUUAAUUUCAUUAGUUUUGAAUGAUGUUUCGUUAACAGGUUUUAAGUUAAGGAUAUGGCUACACCAAAUUUUGAAUCGGACUCUAGCAGUUCAUCUUCGAGUGAUAAUGAACUCUCACUUACCCAACAAUUAACACAUGAUCUGCAGAAAGAUACUUUUCUUAACAUCGAAAGUCGUUCAGAUGAAGCCUUGAUUGUUUCUUCAAUGGUGUCUGCUGCAAAAUGGUCUCUCGAAGGGUUGUCAUCAGGUAGAUGUUAUAUUCGUCGUGAUAGGAAAGAGCGUCAUGACCUAAUAGUAAACGACUACUUCAAAGGUGAAAACUCAAAGUACACGCCACAACUUUUUCGUCGUAGAUUCCGAAUGAAUAUUGAGUUAUUCACCCGAAUUUUACAAGAUGUUGAGAACUUUGAUACCUAUUUUCGACAAAAGGUUGACGCUGUUGGAAAUAUUGGACUGAGCCCACUGCAAAAGAUGGUAGCUGCCAUACGCAUGCUUGCAUAUGGCUGUCCAGCUGAUCUUCUUGACGAAUAUGUUCAAAUUGGAGAAACUACAGCAAUUGAAAGCUUGAAGCGCUUUUGUGGUGCUAUUAUAGGAAUUUAUGAAGCAAAAUACUUGAGAAAACCAAACAUAGAUGAUAUCAGAAUGCUCCUAAAAGAAGGAGAGACUCGAGGCUUUUCGGGCAUGCUUGGUAGCUUGGAUUGCAUGCAUUGGCAAUGGAAAAAUUGUCCAACUGCUUGGCAUGGUACUCACACAAAUGGUUUUAAACGAGUCCCAACUCUGAUUUUAGAAAUUGUAGCUUCACAGAGUUUAUGGAUUUGGCAUGCUUUCUUUGGAAUGGCGGGGUAGUAACAACGAUGUUACAGUUUUAGAUAGAUCACCAUUAUUUGAUGAUCUAAUUAAUGGUGUUGCUCCGCCAUGUAAAUUCAUAGUUCAAGGUCAUGAGUAUAACAUGGGUUAUUAUUUAGCUGAUGGGAUAUAUCCGCAUUAUGCUACUCUCAUCCAAACAAUAUCUCAACCUUCAUCUAUUAAGGAAAAGUUAUUUGCGAAAAAACAAGAAUCUGCUAGAAAGGAUGUCGAGCGAGCAUUUGGUGUGCUGCAAAGUCGGUGGCAUAUUGUUAAGGGCCCUGCUCGUCUUUGGAGUGCUAAAGACUUGGGAAAGAUAAUGAAGACAUGCAUCAUCUUACAUAAUAUGAUAAUAGAGAAUGAACGCACUCAAGGCAUUGAUCCUGAAGAUUGGCAGGCGGAGGGAGAUGAAUCAACUGAAAGUGUUACCCUGGAGCAUGAUUUCACCUUGAUUAUGUCAAUGAUGAUCAAUCGGACAAAACAAGUACAAGAUACUUGGUUACACAGGGAAUUAAAGAAGGAUCUCAUUAAUCAUUUGUGGGAAGUGUAUGGUGCACAAGUUGGUGAUAGCUAGAAUUUGCUUAUUUUUAAUAGCUAAUUUAUUUUUAAUGCUUAGUAUUAGUGAUUAUGAACUACGAAGUUCUGAACGUUUUCAGUUCUCGAGCAACCCUUUUUUUUAUAAUAACUUAGUAGUUUUAGGACAUGUUUUUG